GAAAUCAUGUGUAGAGUCAGUGUCAUGGAUCUUGCUGAUACCUUUACGAACAAUAGAAAAUAAUAUCCGUACGAGACAGGGAUUAUUUCGACUGGAACUACCCCAUGAUCUGAAGCGAAAUGACAGUGUUUGCCCGCCAGAUAACACGUGCGCACCGCGAGUUAUCCCACCCGCUCGCGAGAGAGUGGGUGAGUCACACGACAUAGCAGCAACAGCGUCGAGGGUCUAUAGCACGGACACACUGCCUUGUAGGUCACAUUACGGUCCGCCGCUGCCCCGAGUUGACCGGCCAUCUUCUGCUCCGUCUGCUCCGUCUGCUCGUCUGCUUCGUCUGCGCCAUUUACCUCUUCUACCGUCUAUUCAGCGUGUGGAAGGACUCGCUCUUCAUCGGCAAGUGACUCACACAGCAGGAGGGACAGGAUGGCGCGUUUCCACGAGGCAGCGCUGGCUCUGCUCCUCGCCUCGUCUCUGGCUGCGUCUCCUCCGCACACCGAAUCCCCGCCCAGUGACAACGGAGGGGACAGAGGGCCGGGCACUGCCAUCGGUGACCAGUGCCAACCCAAGGGCGGAGGGCAAGGGGAGUGCCGGGAGCUCUUCUCCUGCCAUUCGGUCGUCAGGAACAUCAGGAGAGCCACGCCGAACAUAUGCUCCUUCAGGGGUCACGCGCCUAUCGUCUGCUGUCCGAAGGCAACCGCUACACGCGAGGAGCCCGGACGAAACUCCACUUCCAUUGCACCUGGAAUGUCUGCGCCGAAACUGGACUUUGGCUGUGGGCGAAGAACCAAGCAGAAGCACCCUCUCGCAGACGAUGUCGUGGGCGGCGUAGAAUCCAUGCCUAACUCGUGGCCCUGGAUGGCAAUAUUAGGGAGGCUGGAAGCGCGGGGUCGCGUCACGUGGUUUUGUGACGGCGUCCUCAUCUCGCCCUCCUUCGUCCUCUCCGCCGCACACUGUGCUGCGAACAGUCCCGUGGACGUGGUCCGAGUCGGCGCCCAUGAUCUCAGGCAACGCGGGGCAGCCCAGGAGGACCUGCCUGUCGAAAAAGUGAUCCUCCACCCAGAUUACGCCUUUCCCAGCUCCUCCCACGACCUGGUUCUACUGAGACUUUUCAGGCCCGUCACCCUCGGUCCACACGUCACUCCCGCCUGCCUUCCCUGGACUGCCCAGGACGCGCCAGACCUCAGCGGGAGGAGGCUCAUUCUGGCCGGGUGGGGAGCGAUGGAAUUCGACGGAGAGAUGAGUAACGUCCUGAGGGAAGUGACAGUCGAAGUGUUCCCGGCGAGCAAGUGUGCCUCUGCCUAUGAGUCCGUCGCCCACUACGCCAGGCGAUUUCCUGACGGGAUUAAUGAAGACUUUCUCUGCGCGGGUGACGUCCGCGGAGGCAAAGAUGCGUGUCAUGGAGACUCCGGCGCCCCUGCCAUGUACAACCACUUCGGGGUCUACAUGGCAGCCGGCGUGGUGAGCGCGGGCUACGGCUGCGGCCUGGCGGACUUCCCCGGCCUCUACACCGCCAUUCGUCCGCGCUUGGAGUGGAUCCGGGAAACGGCCUUCUCCGAUUAUCCGUGAUUUAGUCCGGUUUAUCACUCUUCUUUUGCCUGAACUUUCCCCUUUUUUGUUGAUCUGUUUUACUUUUGUUUUAUAUGUUAUGAUCGUUCGAGGUGGUUUAUUUGAGUGGCGAACGAGGUGUUGGUAUUAUUUCUUUAAGUUUUCAAUCGUUUUGCUUUUUACGUGUAUUUGUGUUUUUUGUAUAUUUGUUAAAUACCUUGUACAAAUAUGUUUUAGAUACCUUAUACAAAUAAGUUUCGUUUUUUGUAAGAAUUAAGUCUUUAGCUAUAUCAUUGCUGGUAUUUUUUUUGUCAAUGUGAAUCACUAGGCCUUGGCGUGUAGAUAUGAGUCUACGAACCAUGUUUUGAUUUAAACAUUCGUGUGCUUUGGUCUUGUGAAUGAAGAGAUUGAGAGAUUCAGCAAGAGACGAAAAGAGUAGAGGAAGAGCAAAUAAAGCGUUUACAUUGUAAACUGUAUAGAAUAAUAUCGAAUUAAUUUCCUUUAGGUUAACAUCGACAUCUUUUAUAUCUUAAAGCGUCUCUUAAAACCUUUACUUUGGAAGUUAUUUUGUCAUGAAUCUGCACUUGGCGUUACUAUAGAAAAUGAUAUACGCAUCGAUGUUAAAUAAUAGAAACGAAGAGAGCAAAACCUGCCGUGUGACUUGUACCAAUAAGCCAUAUAUCAUUCAAAGAAUCAUUGUAAUUAAAAGAGCACCAUCACUGAUAACAUUAUCAUAAUCCUCUUCAUUAUUUUUUCUACUACGACUUAUUUUCAUUAUUAUUGAUCGCUAUCAUCACGACUUUCAUCACUGCUUGCAAUGUUAUCAUUCAAUACCGUUAUUACCAUCUUCGUUCAUUCCACCCACUUUAACUUCCAUAAUUGCUUAAUCAGAUAGGCAAAAUUAUUCUUUGUGUUUUAAGCCUUAUUUCUUUUUUGUAUCAUCUGACGUAACUAAGUGUCAGUGCUAUGAAUAAUGACGAUGAGACAUGUUUUAUGCUCAUAAGGUAAGCGUGAUUUAAAAAUCCAGUGGUGUUAGGUCCGCAUCAGAUAAAGACAUUGUUAACGAUUUUCAGCUUUGAUAUAGAGGAGAUUGAUAAGUUUCUGUCAAAAGAACUGGUCUGGAGUAAUUUGUGAAUGAUUAUGUAACUGUCCAUUACCAGUUACUGGGAUACUAAUACGGUUGCUGGAAAGGUGAGAAAGCCAAGUGAAAUGAAUAUAUUUCUACUUUUCCGUGCAUGUCAACAUAUCCACGAUAUAUUAUAGGACUACUGAGACUCGUUGCAGAUCUACUUACUAUAUGACUGCUCUAACAUAAGGAUAUCUCUGUAUAAAUCUAAGGUACAUUCCGCCACGUUUGAUUUACUUUGGCAGAACUUAAAACUAGGAUGGACGAUAACUAUAUAGGACCUGACCAAUAUAGUUUCUUUCUCUAGAAUUAUAUCAUCUGUAUCAUGAACUGCUAUUUCCUAACUAGUUUAUUACUCUUUCCCAUGGCAAUGGUGGGGUGGUUCCUGAAUUAAAUUCAUAAGACACCUUUCUCAUCAUAUUUCUAUUUUCUUUUAUUGCAUUUACUUUGUCUGUUAAUGACGUCUCCUUUCCGAGUAGUAUACAAAUCGCACAGAAUGGGCUACAGUUAUUUUUGUUGUUUUAGGAGCUGAUUCUUCUGGAACCUCGUGUUGCGUAUUAUCUCUAGAUAGAUUAUGUUCCCGAUGUGCAGGGAAAGGUCUGUGGUAACCACUAGUUUACAUAUGUGCUAUGCAUUGGGUUCGAUUGGACAUCAGUUUGUAUUAAUUUAUCUCUUGACAUAGUUUUCUUUUUUGUUUUUGCUUUUAAAAUGUAUAGUGCUAGUGAGUAAUAGCAGAUAAAUCAGUUCUUCAUUACCAUAGUUUUCUUUUUUGUUUUUGUUUUUAAAAUGUAAAGUGUUAGUGAGUAAUAGUAGAUAAAUCAGUUCUUCAUUACCAUGGCCGAAUGUUUACUAUAUAUAUUGCUGUGUAUUUACUGUAUAUAUCUGUGUAGAUAUUGCGAUUCCUACAUUGAUAACUCUAGUGGCCAUGUUAAUAAAAACCCUUUAGCCAUUCCCUAUUAAUACUCCCAUAUCCCAAAGCGGGUUCUUGUUACAUUUUUCUAUGUCACAAAAACGUAUCGUUCUUUUUCUAGUUGGUUAGUGUUAGUUUCUCAUACGUUCUAGAUAAGCGGUCCCCAACCUUUUACCUUCUGUGGCCCUCGACCAUCAUAUGAUAAUCUCCGUGGCCCCGUUGAGUGACUGUCAUUUUUUUUAGAUUCGGUUAUUACUAGUUAGGGAUUGCGUAAUGCUGGAAAUAUUCCAAUUUAUUGAUGUGUGAGAGAUAUAGGUGGGUUCUGUAGGCGAGUUGAAAUUCAGUUUAAUUCGACGUCAAAAUCUUCAUAUUGCUCCAUGGCCCAAAGAAAAAGCCCCGUGGCCCCCAGUCGUAUUUUUAAAAUAUUUCAGUUUCUUUAGAUGGCAUGGUUAUUCGACUGCAGUCGACUGCAGUCUCAGAUUAUGAAUAAAGAUGAAUAUUUUUGGUUUGUUUGAUGCAUUAUUAAAACUAAAUUUUAGGGUUUUAAUCUAUUAACUGAUAAUUACUCAUUACUCGUGUUCAAAGAGAAAGUGAAUAAGGAAGAGAUAGAUAAAUAGGCAGAUAGAUAGGUAGAGAGAGUAUGUAUGUAUGUAUGUA